AUAAUCGACGCUGGGCAACCCAAAUGUAUUGACCCACUCAGUUGAUCCUAUCUGUUGUGAACCACAAACACUAUGGCGGAUGACAACCUCACCACCGCCGCGAUCUUCCAGUGGGUGAGUAGUAGUAGAGCUAGGCUACUGAUUGACGAUGAUGACGACACCACCGUCGUCGGUCACAUGAUCCACGAAGAAGAAGCAAGGCGCCGGGAAGGCGGGAGGCGUGGUUCCGUUCCCGGUCACAUCGUGAUCGACCGGGAACAUGGUUCUGGGCAUGCAAGGAUCAUGGCGGACUACUUUGUAGAGAACCCGGUGUACACUGAUGCUCAAUUCCGCCGCCGGUACCGAAUGAGGCGUGUACGACAGCAAUGGUCCACCGGUGCAGCCUUUCAGGUCUGGUACUCGCGAGCAGACUGAUUUCAUCGCGGCCCACCAUAGGCUACGUGACCGUGACACGGCA